AUGCAUUUCUCAACUUUGACAGGGGCUUGCCUUUUGGCCCUUUCUGCGUUCGUGAAUAACGCGAACGCAUACGCAUACGGCAAUCCCGCCGGAUCAUCUUCCGGCACCCCGAUUGCCAAUGGCGCCGCGCCUACCCAACCUGCAGGUCCAAAUCCAAACAGGUACUCCACCUCGGUUUACAGCACCCAGGUCGGAUCGGUUAGGACCAUCCAAACCUGCACCACCGAAUUGUGCUUCGCAAAGCCCUCCAGCGUGGCUACUUCCGUCGCUACUGUCUACAACUCCCCAAUUGUUUCGACAGUUACCAAGACAGAUUCUGGAGUCUACUAUGUAACAAGGAAGGAUCAGACCAGGACCAUCACCAAGACUACCACCAAGCCUUGUACUUAUACUGCUAAGGCGACUGUCAAAACCGCCUAUGCAACCCGUGUGGUCAGGGUUACAUCCGUCCGCACUGCUUCCGUCCGCAGGACCGUAACAGCUGCCCCUGCUAAGGGAUCCACUGUUGUUGUUCCAACCCCAAGCGGUUUCGUCUAUGCCAGCAGGGACCCAGCCAAUGCUCCAUCAAACUUCCCACCAAAUGAUGAGAGCUACAACAAGAAGCGUUAUGCCAACGAGCCCAUCUACCCUAAGACCAUCAAGUGCACCAAGACUCUCCAGACAAUCUCCACACGCACUUACACAGCCGGCUCAAAGACCACUUCCACUGUCUACGGAAACACCGCUACUGUUACUUAUACCAAGAGCGUCACCGUCGCCACUGUCUAUCCUCAGGCCCGAACCACCACUAUCACCCGUGUUUCCACCUCGACUGUUGUAUCUACCUCCACCAAGGUCACUUACACCACCGUAACAAAGCCAGCUGGUCCAGUCACAACUUCUUAUGCUGCCUGCAACUCUGCCAACAUCUUCGAUGGUCCAACUGGCAGCGUUGGCGCUGAGCUCGGAAGCAAUAGCGUUGAAGUUCGCAACGUCAAGACUCCACAAGAGUGCUGCAACAAGUGCCAGGCUCAUACUAAUGCUUCUGGUGCAAAGGACUGUGCCGGUAGCUUCUUCGGUACCACCGAUGGACAGUCUACCUGCAUGCUUAGAAUCACCAACACCUGCAGCAACAAGAAUGUCGGUAUGUUCCAGCCACACGCUGAUGAUGAGGAAUUCCAAGGAUACGUCAGCAACGGUCCUUGCGGAAGAUGGAACGUUGUCAAGUACGAAGGUGGUGGUGGUAACACCACCCCAAGCUAUUAG